AACACCUCGACCAGGUUUUCUUCUGGAUUUGGAUUUUCCGAUUUUGGGAUUACCUCAAUUGUUGGUGUCAGGAUCCGACUGCUAGAGUUUGAUCGCAGGGCAAAUAACUUCUCGCCACCACCAUCAGAUAUUGGACAUAGAAGUCAGCAAAAGGGGCAAAAUUCAACCAACUAAACGAACCAAAAAACAAGGCAGGGGCAAAAUUGUCCGGCGGAUUUGAAGAACAAUUUCAAAUUAAGACAGUGCCACUGUUUCAAAUAUGAUGAACAAUCAGAUGUAGCAGAACAUGAAGGACAAAGAUGAUACUUCACUAGAACAAAUUGUCCCUGGAUGGUUUCUAACAUUGUCCACAGAGUGGUUCAGCUUUACCUUUGUAAGUACUACCGUCUUCUUUGGGGACCAGUGGCAGUUGAAGAAGAACAAAAACAGAACCUGGAGUGUUAAAACAGUGAAUACACAUUAUCACCUUGGAAUGUAUAGCGAUCUUAAUUCGGAUUUGGGUUUUCAAUUUGUUAAUGGAAUUUGAUAAUUAGCUCUACGAAAGCAUCCAACAUUCAUCUAAUCCCCCCCGCAACGCGGGGAACCUUCCCUAGUAUAUCAUUAAUUCACAACAUCCUUAUGAACAGUAGGUACUGUUCAUCGGGUUAUAUAGUUACUCCACCAGGGUUACUUUAAUCUCCACCGCCUACUUUAUCUAAUCUGUUCUAAUGAAAAAAAUCCAACAUCCACCGUCUCACGCCUCCGACUUCCAACUGCGACGCCCCCCAAAACCAUCGCUAUCGCCGAAUCCAGCCACCACACCAUUCACAUCGUUCGAUUUCUUCCACCUCCUCCCCUUUUUUAGCAAACGUUUUUUCUUCCUUCAGUGAGGCAAGUAAAAAAAUAAGUGGGGUUCGAGAGACACUGUCAGAGAGAGCUGAGUCUUACUCUUCACCGUCUCUGCUUCCGAGUCGAUGAAGACGGAGAGGCUAUUGUCGGUGGCACUCUUGACGAGGGUCUACCUGAUUGUGAUAUGUUUGUGAAACGAAAACCAACGAUCCUUCGCUUCCAUGGAUUCCGGACGACCGGAAAAAUCUUCUAAACUAGGCUGAAGAAAUUGUCGCAUGAAAAAGAGCCACUUCUUAUUCCCUGAUGUGUCGCUUCCAUGUAAUGGAUUUCAUAGAUGCAUCAAAGUUUCAUGGUAUACUUCUAUUUGGAUUUCAACAAAUCUCUGGUGGGAAUGCUCUUCCUAUUUGGAUUUCAUAGAAGCAACCAAACAGGCGAUAUGUUUGGUGUUGGGUGAACAUAGAACUGUAUAUGGUAAAUACUGUGAUAGCUUGAACUCUCUUUGGUGGCUAUCAUCUCGGUUCAUCCAUAUGCAAUAA